AUGGACAGCAAGGACUCAUCGAUUCGAUUUGAUGACAUCGAUUCUACAUCGCAAACCAUUACGAAACGGCUUCGAUCUUCUUUAAUCCAUGAUGACAUCAGUGCUGCACUUAAUGAAACAAAGAGACCACGAGGAAGACCUCAGAUGUCCGACAAAGCGGCGCUUACCGCUACUCAUGAGCUUCGGUUGCUGAGAUUGCAAGUAGGAUCUAUGGAAGAGGAGCUUCGUGGACUGCAAUCGAAAUGGCAUAAACAUUUACCUGACGCACGCAUAUUGGCGACAGCAAAGCAAUCGGCUCACAAGAAGCGUGCAGUGGCUCAAAUUCAGGCAACACAGAUGGAAUUACAAGAAAUGAUCUUACAGCAGCAACUAAUGUUUGCGACGCUACAGACGGCCAUCUUUCGUGCACCAUUGCACUCAAGUGGUCAGGACAUUCUCAAGUCGCUGCAUUUCAAUACACAAUUUGGACGCGAUACAGUCGAGCGUAGCAAAACACUUAUGGUACACAACGAACGGUCGCGCGCAACGGUGCCAUCGAUGAUGAAACGGUUUACUACCAUGGCAGUAAACAAAGUGCUUGCCCUCCAAGACAAAGACGGCCCUGUAAACCGACCAAUGCUACCGAUAUCUCAAAUUGAUGUCACUGGUUGCAAGGAUUACACGCUCGUGUCGAGUGUUUUUAUGUCAGAGAUCCCGCAUAGUUCACUCGAAAAUGUGUACGCGGCUGCAUUAGCAUAUCAUGACGCGAUUUCGACAAUAAUGAAACGUCACUUUGGCGUCAAUGCAGAGCUCACGAGACUUAACAGCAUUGACGCACCAGCAGCUUACUGGCUACUAGACCUCGAUGGGGGUGGGAUCCCAUCAACCGUAAAACAUAUCAUGUGCUCGGAACUGACUCCAUCGCACGGAAUGAUACACCUGGACGCAGUCAUCGAUGAUCCACUGCAUCCAGUAUCGCAAACUAGCAAAUUGAAAUUUGGCAUCUCUGGGCUUACGUUGACACCAAGAAAAGAUCGAACGGGCAAAAUUGUGGCUGUUACGCUGCGAUGGGUAGUAUUGUACCGCUACAAGAUGUUGCCGGAUGACCCGGCACUACGGAAGGACUUAGACUUGAACCGUCCUAUUCUAAAUGGUGAUCUAAUCACUGCUUCAGUGUGCACAUAUCUUCAGCAACUGAAACAACGGCAAAAGUCGGAAGGACAUUCCAACAACAGUUCAUAG